AUGAAAAGCCUCAGUAUUAUUGCAUACGUCCUAGGCUACUCUGUGGCCCUUAGUGCAGCAGAAGUAGACUUUGUUGUCUCCAUGACAGCUCUUCCUGGUAAAGCACAAGCGGCUUCUGAGUUCUGGGCUAAGCAAAUGGCUGCUUUCAGGGCAACAAACCCUCCUGGCCAGACUGGGCUUUUUGCUUUCAUGGACGGAAAUAAGGUCAUUACAGUGGAGCAAUAUGUUAAUGAACAGGCUGCGUACAACUGGGCUAUCAACAAAACACAUGUUGAUGGCUGCCUGCCCAUUCUUGGUCUUGUUGACAUCCUCUCUACGACCAUCCUGACUAAUGCCAACUCGGGAACGCAGAAUGCCAUGAUGAGUGCACUGCAUGGCCCAACCAAUUAG